AUGUUGAUUGGGAAAGUGCUAACUCUGGCAGCUGUAACUGGUGCUAAGUAUACCAGCCAGCUUUCCCUGACCUACGUGGGACCGGGUUGUAGGGACGUCAGACCAUGUGAUCAUGGCGGGGACUUGGGAAAAGCUAUAUUAUGUGGUAUUGCCCUAGAUCAGGCGACGGCAGACUAUGCUGUUGAGGACGAUACUAAGGACGCCAUUUUGGAUCAGAGCUUGUUACCGACAAGCAAUGAAUCACCUAAACUUUAUUCUAAUAGCAAUUUCAUUGGGGAAGCAGACAACUACUGGGCCACUGAGGAAGACGACCACGGGACGACUGAUGGCGAGACAACUGACGGCGAGACGACUGAUGGCGAAGAAGAGGGAAGAGCAGGUGCAUGUAAUAUGUUAUUGAGAUGGACAGCAACGUUCGAUGCUGACGAAAUAAUAUGUGGGAAAUAUGUUUGCGUACCAGACGAUAUUGCGCCAUGGCUGGGCCGGCUGCAUCUACACUACAUUGAACAAGACGGACCCGAUCAACUAGAAGCGAAGUUGGUCAGACCGUACAACAUACUCUAUGUAACUGCCCUGCCAGGAGGAACCAUCUGUGACAAACCUUGGCUCAUCAAAAUCCCAGGCGAAGUGAGUCAAAUAUUUGAAACCACGAACAACGGCUACAUCACGGCCUGGAGGACCGUUCCUCCACCUGGUGUCCCACUGCGUCCGUGCUUCAACCUAGGAGGCAGGUUUCUUGCGCUCCAUACCUAUCAAGUGUACGGAAACGGAAACCAACUAGUUUAUUUGAAGCCAUAUUACGAGUCCACUUUAAUUCAGCCUCGAGACGUAUGUGAUGACGGCACUUGCUAG